CGUAGCGUACUCACGCUUUAGUAGUAGAACUGUUGUGUAUUGAACGCGGUUUUUGUUACGUUGUUUUUGCAAAACUGAAUAGUCGAACAGAGAAGAUGGACGUUGACAAUCAGAGGAUGUGUUUUAAAUCACACAAGUUACUGUUGCCAUUGGAGUUGACAAUUGCAACAACCACAGGCGCGCAUUUCCGAAUAACUGUGUCCGGCUUGGAUUCUGUGAUAGGAUUAAAAUACGCUUUGGCUCGAAAGUUCAGGCUACUUGCAGGGCGCACGAGUCUCUUGUAUAAAGAUAGGUUGUUAUUGGCUGGCACCCUGGCAGACAACGAUGUUAGGAAUGGCGGAGUUCUUACAAUAGUCCCAAGCAUGGAAACCGGAUCACAUAACAUGACGACAAACUCCCGAGUGAUGCAAGCAUUGGAGAAUCUAUCAGAGUCCCAGGUGAAUGAUUUCCUGACCGGUCGCGCUCCACUACUCCUCGCCAUGAAGCUGGGGGAACACAUGAUGUUCGUGCAACUGCAACUGUCCAAUUCCUCGUGCAGCUCACGACGUCGCACCAAUCACACGCAUUGCGCCCACGGGAACAGCAAUGGCAGCCAUAGCAACAAUACGUCGUCAGAGAAGUGCAAUCCAUCUCCGAAUAGCGGGUUGAACAGUUGUAAUUCAGGGGCUGUGAUCGACAGUGUCAACCAUCUUGGGCAAGGGGUCUAUUCGGGUAAAUUUUCAGGAACUCUUGACCCAACUAUUCAGGAUCCGGCUGGGCGACCGAAGCGUGACAUCAACACCAUACUUCAGAUUUUAAACGACCUGCUGGUAGCAUCGCCCCAGUUUCGAGAGUCUGGAGGCUCGUGUUUUAGUUCUGACAAAAACUUCUCUCCACCCUGUCAACAACCUGUUUUAGAUACAACUAGAAGUUAUAAUGACAAUAGCGGGGAUGCAAAUUUGCGGGGGAAGGUCAAGACGUUAAAACGUAUGAUGGAGGAAAGAAAGUUGCGUCGCCAAGAGAAACGAGGCCUACGUGCACCCUACCAGUGGCCAAACAAGCUUUCCCAUGUGUACCAGAGGAUGAAGGCAAGGGAAAACACAAACUACGAGUCUGCUGUAAAGAGAGACCUUGAAAUGGCGGGAAAAUCUGAGUCACAUCCAGAAUCAAGUUCAUCUUUCCAGCCAUCUUCCUCCGCCCCUAUGGAGCAAGAAAGUGUUCUCGUCUGAAGCCUACUACUGGAGAUUCAUUCGGGUUCACAUUUUGCGUGUCUAACCCUUUAGACACAUUUGUUUGGCUUGUCAGCCAUUUUUGUCGUAAAAUGGCAGCCAUGUUUUGUUUUGGUGCCAUUGCAGACAUUUUGGUGGGACUUUGAUGGUUGUUCUUGUUGGAGAACUGGUUAUUUUAAUGGCGUUGUUGUUAUGGACAGUUGUCAGAUUAUGUACCAUUUGUAAGCAAGACGUUGUGUCAAUAAUUGUAACAAUGUAUUUGUGUUAAGACAUGUUUUGUUCUGUUUGUAACAUCAGCAUGUAUAAUGUAUGUUGAAAUUGACGAAAUAUGGUACAUACUGUAAGUUAAAUGAGUUAUGUAAAAACAAGAUAAAACAUUGCAAUGAGGGAUAAUAAAUGUCAUCCGUGGUUGAACAAUUGUUUGACAUUUUGUCAGAGGUCAGCAAAUCAAGAAGCGUUACAAUGUUUUAUACAAGAAAUAGUUUGUAAGUUUGUAGCUGUCCCGCAAGUUAAAGGCAACAUUGAUAGGACUAGACGCUAUGAGAUUUGUUCAUAUUUGCCAUAUAAUAUAUCCCUGCACUUUGAAUGGUGAAUGUAAAAAAGUUUCAAGUAGCAUGUAACAUAGGAGGACUAGGAACUUUUUUUGCAUUUAUCCCUGCACCCCCACUGUUUGUAUUGUAGCUUAGUUCGAUUUAAUAAUGCGCCUAUCUUCCAUUGAUUUUCAUACCUGUACCUGCUGGUUCUUACAGUUUUGUGAUAUUUAUUUGAUAUUUUUGUAUGAUACUGACAAACGCUGAUUGAUAUUUUAGAUAAAACACAUUUUUGUCGCAUUUUUGUUAUUUUCCAUGAAGAUUAACCUAAAUUGUUUUAUAUUUUAUACCUAUUCACCUUAUCAUUUUAAUUUAGACCUAAUUUCGGUAAUUUGAAUAACUGGGACAAACUGACAUUUUUCUGACAAGAGAGAGUAUAUUAAUAAUUUUUGUGACACUUUUAGAAUAUUUAUGAAGGCCGAGUGUAUUCUGGUGCAAUUUUAAUCCUAAACUUAACCUUAGAACAUUUUUUUUAACCAGCUGAUACUUGUCACAAGUGAGAUAGCAUUUUAUUUGUUGAAUAAAGACAUAGUAAAUCAGUGUCACUUAAGUCUUUAAGCUUAAUGAGAAAUUUCAGCAAACAAGUUUGUUAAAUAGUUUAUCGAAAUAUAUGCAAGAAAAAAAGAAAAUAAAAUAAAGAAAAUACCUUUUUUAAUUUUUAACACAAAUUAAAAUGGAAAACAAUACAAACAUUUACAGUAUUUAGAUAAACAGGCUUUGUACAUAAGCAUGUAAAAUGGAGGUUUAAAUACAUGUAUUAAAAUAUUAUGGAUGUUUAUAUCACCUCCACAUUUAACGGAGUUUAAUAUAUGUAUUUCUAUCUAGUGUGUGCUUGUUUGAACUAGUUACAGAUAUGUUAGUAGCAUACCUUUGUAUAGUUUCACAUUUUCUACGAUAUAAUUGAGGACUUAGGUACAUUUUUCAAUUUUUACUUUUAUAAACGGAUUUAGUAAGUUGUUAAGAAGAAUACUGUCAACUGUUUCUGUUUCAUCAUUUUUAGGAGAAACAUGUUAUAUUUAUUUGUAAAAUCAAUUACAUACAUUACAUUUUUGUAAAAUCAAUAACAUAAUUACAUUUUUGUAAGAUCAAUUAACAUCCAUUACAUUUUUGUAAAAUCAAUAAUAUCCAUUAAGUUUUGUAAAGUCAAUGACAUCCAUCACAUUUUUGUAAAAUCAAGGAACAAUUAAGGCCAGUUCUAUAUCACUGUAUACUUAUUUUACUAUCAUGUAUAUGUUGACGCUGUUGAAACAAUUAUAAUGGAGCUAGACUGAUCCUUUCUUUGUACUUUGUGUAUUAUAUUUUCUAAAUCUUAUUUAUUGCUUUUGUUUAACUUAUAGACAUAAAUGGCAGUUCAUUUUUAGCAUACAUGCCACGAUUUUACAUCCUCAGCCCAUAGAUAUCCCCACCCCCACCUCUUAUAUUGGAUUGUUUAAUAUACCAUGGUUGAAAAAUGCCAUAAUUCAAAAAACACCUGUUUUGCAACAAAAAAUGUUUUCUUUGGCUUUAACAUCACUUUACUUUAAAAUUUAAAUGUUGUGUAAAAAAAAAAAUGUCAAUGGUUAAAAUGGGCAAAUAAUAAUCAGAAGAAAACCUGGCAUGUAUCGGCUAACAUUUCACGAUCCAGAGUCGUAUCUUCUAUGCUCCUUCAAAACAUUUUGGAGGUUGUAUUGUUGAAUUUUAUUUAAUUGUGUAUUUGCCUGUGUUUAUUGUGUUUUUUAUAUAAUAAUUAAAUUCUUAUAAAAGAGCAAAAUCUC